AUGGCAACUUUGUAUACAGCACAAACCGGUAAUGGCAGAAAGCCCUUAAUUUUAGUAAAGUUACUCAAUGCUCCCAUUAAAGUCCACCUUUUUGACUGGCCCACCGACGAAAUCAAAAGCGACCUGUACUUGAAAUUAAACCCCAAUGGAUUGGUUCCAACUUUAGUUGAUGAGGAAGUUGGCAGCAUCUUUGAAAGCAAUGCCGUUUUGGAAUACAUUGCGGCAAAAUACGACAAGGAAGGCAAAUAUAGCUACAAAGAGCAAGACAAUUACAAAUUAUACUGGCACCAAAAGGAAUGGUUAUAUUUCCAAGCAGCUCAAUUUGCAGCACACACAUUGUCUCGAGGUGUCUAUUAUAGCCAAAUCAACCCCGAUGACGAUUUCACUACGAGGGAUGUUUUGGAGAAUUUUGCCAAAUUGUAUGGCGUCAUUGAAGGUCAAUUGGAGAAGAAUGGAUCUGGUUGGUUGAUUGGCGAUAAGUUUACCAUUGUUGAUAUUGCAUUUGCCACGGGUAACCAUAGACGUAUUGAAGUGUUUACUGGAACUGAUUACGAAAUUAAAGAUUUCAAUGAAAAGUACCCCCGAGUCGUAAAAUGGUAUGAAAAUGUUUUGGCCAUUGAUGGUGUCAAAGAUGUACUUAAGUAA